AUGGAAGGUUUUGCUAAGUGGAGUAACUACUGGGAUAAGAAAGAAAUGAUUGAAACACCCCGUGGAACUUUCAAUGUUUACUCAAACCCAUGUGACAGCAAUUUUGUUCUAUUUUGCGUUCACGGAAUCGGACAUUCUGCACUUUCAUUCUCAUUACUCGCAAAAGAGCUCAAGGGUCAACUUACUGUUGUUGCACCAGAUUUCAAGUGCCAUGGCGAUACACCUGGUGAUGAAUCAAAAGAUUUAGAAUUAAAUAGCAUGGUUGAAGAUUUUAUUGCUCUUGCAGAAAUUUUCAUUCCAAAGGAUAAGCGUGCAAUUCUUCUUGGCCACUCAGUUGGUGGAUCUGUUGUUACAUUUGCUGCUUCAAAAGUUCCUUCAAUGUCUAUCAUCGCAAUCGAUACGAUCGAAGGCAGUACAAUUCAGCAAUUGCCAGGUAUGGAGAAAUUACUUCAUAAAAGACCACAAGCUUUCGAAUCUGCAAAUGAUGCUAUUGCAUACGUCGCAACAAGUGGCGAGAUGGAGAAUUUCGACAGCGCCAAGAUCUCAGUUUCUGGAAGAAUGAAAGAAACAGCAGAUAAGAAGCUUACUUGGAAGACUGAUAUUCUGAAAUCAAAGGAAGCAUGGCCAGGAUGGUUCAAAGGAUUUGCUGAUGCAUUCAUCCAUGCUCACUCAUAUAAGAUUCUUAUUCUUCCAACAAUUGAUCGCUUAGAUACUCCAUUUACAAUUGGACACAUGAGUGGUAAGUUCCAGCUCUCUGUUAUCAAUGGAACCAGCCACUGCGUCCAUGAAGAUGCUCCUGAUAAAGUUGCUGAUGUAAUCAUGAAGAUGGUAAAGAGAAUCGGAGCUUCAAGUCAAUGGUAA